GGGUCCUCAUUCAGUCUUAGGACUCCGUUGGGGGAAUAAUCUUGGAUGCGUCUCCUCUCUCUCCCUCUUGCGAAGACCACAUGAGCCGACACUUCUCGGGACUAAGUGACACGAGUGAGAGAGAAAGAGAGAAAGAGAGAGAGAGAAAAGGGGGCAGAGGGGGAGACCUGUAUAUGCGCUGAAGCAGUUGCGCAGUUGCGCGGACUAUUAUACGCGAGGCUAUUUCGUAAAUCUCAACUCUGACCGAGGUUUACUGAGGUUCAGCACUGCACCUGAGGAACACCGGAAUCUGCCAUGAAGCCGCCCGCUACUAAACAUGUCAAAAGCGCGUCUCAGGUGCCCCCGUCUAAGGAAACGGAGCCGCCAACGAGGAAAUGGGAGUGCCCCGGGGGUGGGGGCAUGGCCAACCCGGCCCUCCUGUGGGCCCUGUGGCUGAAGCUGAAGCUGGUCGCGUCCUUCAUCUCCCUGGAGCCCAUCAUGCUCCUGGACGGCAUCGCCUUCUCCGUCAUCAUCGUCUUCGUGGAGAACCUCCAGAUGGACAAGAUCUGCACCGUCAACUUGAACUUCACUGAGGAGGUUUGCAACGACAUCUCCCAGUACCAGGAGGAGAACCUGCUGGUGCAGCAGUCCUUCAGCGUCUUCGGGAUGUACAAUGGCAUCAUCAUGGCCUUCCUGCCGCUCUUCUUCAUCCUCUUCAUGGGCGCCUGGAGCGACAAGUACGGCAGGAAGGUGCCCAUCGUCGUCGCGACCAUCGGCCACCUCUUCUGGUCUCUGGGCUACCUCGUCAAUUCCAUGGUACCCUCCUGGCCCGUCGAGUUCCUGCUCCUGGCCGCACUCUGCGACUCCCUCGGAGGGGGCACCGUUUCCUUCAUCACGGCCACCAACGCCUACCUCAGCGACGUCACUUCGGAGGAGUCGCGGACGUCGAGGGUCGGCCUGGCCAACAGCAUCUGGUUCCUGGGCGGGCCGAUCGGCACGCUGCUGGGUACCUACAUCUACAAGUACGGUGGGUACCAGGUGCUCUUCGGCACGGCGGCUGCCAUGUACGUUCUCGCCCUGACCUACCUGUUCUUCCUGCCGGAGAGCCACGGGCCCUUCGCCAAAAAGAAGAAGGAGGCGUCUAGCGAUGGCGACGAUACGGACGUGGCGCCGGUGCCCACCGUCUCCUUCAAAUUGCCGGCGAAGAUCGAAGACCCGACGAAGGAGAUCUCCAUGUGGAAGAUGGCCAAGGACUUCUUCAGCUACGACAGGAUCCUCGACUCCUUCCGCUGCACCUUCAAGGCGAGGGGAGGGAUGGUGAGGGCAUUCAUCAUCCUCCUCAUUUUCUGCAAUCUCCUGCGACGUCUGGGGAGAGGGGCCUACAUGUACCUCUUCACUAGGCGGGUUCUGGCCUGGAAAGCGACCGACUACGGACUCUGGGUUACUUACAAGAACUUUUUGGCCGCUUUGGGCUCUUUGGUCAUGGUGCCCCUGCUGUCCACUGGAAUGGGAAUUUCCGACAACUAUCUCGCCAUCCUAGGAGCGUCAGCCAGCAUCCUCGAUUACAUCCUUUAUGGUCUAGUGUCCGUAGACUCCUAUUUCCUCGUCUGGAUAGCUCCGUGUGUUGCCCUGUUGGUGAACUCCUGCUCCAUCGCAAUCCGCUCCAUGUUGUCCAAGUUUGUCACCGGAGACGAAUUGGGAAAAGUGUCAGCUGUCAUGGGUGCCCUCGACGGCGUCAUGCCCAUGAUCAGUUUCUCCUUGUACACCUCGGUGUACCAUGCGACCGUCCACACCUUCCCAGGGGCGCAGUUCUUCUUCGGGGCCAGUGCCAACAUCCUCAUGACCGUCUUCUUCAUAGUCAUCAUCAUGUCGACUUCGACGAAGAGCUACAGCAUCGAUGACCUGGACGGGCCCACCGAGGGCACGGACGCCGUCAGGCCGACGGCGCUGCGCUUGUACGACAACGACCUCCGCCACAGGGCCACGCUGUCGCCCAGCGACGAAAAGGAGAGGAAAAAUACCAUGAGGUCGUCGGUCAUCUUGUCCGGCGUCAACUUCCACUUGGGUACUCCGCAGCCCAAGAAGAAACUGGCGCUGCCAACUCACGGAAAGAGUAUGAGCACCAUCCUCAUCAAGGCCAAGGAGGAUCAGGCGCACGCCGAGAACGAGAUCUCGCAGCAACUGCAGAGAAAACUGGCGGUGUUAAAGGCCCCUCCCCCUGCGGGUCGGAAUGGCUCGCUCAGGGGCGUAGAUAAUCUAGCUUAUGCGGAGACUGAGAACGGACCUCAGGUGAAAGCUGGAGCUGAGAAAAACGAGCAAUUAGAGGUGAUCUUGACCGUUCAGGAAUUGCCUGCUAACGAUCGUGACGAGACGGACAGUGCUAGACUCAACUGACGUGUCUCUCUCAUUGUCUCUCUCUCUCUCUGCUGGUUUAGCGGACGAUAUUUUCGAAAAAAAGAAAAAAAGUGAGAAUAGAGUAAGGAGCAUCGUAAUUCCUAUUUAUGGUUCACGUGACGUUUAGGUACUCUGUGAUAGACAGCCAGCCCCAUAACACAAGCGGUGCGUUCUAGUACCGCGGACAGUGUGAUAUAAGGUUAAGUUUAAUUAAGUACCUCUGAUGUCCAAACUCUGUACGUCUCCUCUGUAGUAGAACUGCAGCUGCAGUCUGGAACAGUGACGCAACUCAUAUAUUCAAGUACCUCAUUAUAUCAUCUCUAAUAAUCUCUGUGUGUGUGUACUAACUACCCAUGAGAUUGACGAGAUCUCUAGGAGAAUUGUUGCUUCUCUCAUCAUCAAUGAAUGACAAAGUAUUUUAUAUUUAUAGAUUAAUUAUAUUGAAUUUCUUAUACUCAAGCUUAUAGGUCAAAAUUAAUCAGCUUUUCCUUUGCUUUGCCAAAGCUAAAUCCUUUUUUUUUGGGGGGGGGGGGUGGUUGGUUGUCCCUGUUUAUAUGGCGGUAGCUGAAUUAGCGGGUGUCUAAAUGAGAUGGUUUUGUGCUUGCUUCGUAGUUGAUUCUAACCCCCUUCUCUGAGAAGCUUACUAAUGUGCUUUUGUUAUAUAUACUUGUUAAAUGCGCAAUUCGAUUUUUUGGUAUGAAAUGGAGUAGAAACUCCCCGUGACAUGAUUCACGUUCCAGAUUUUCUGUUAUUUGUCCAGAUGCCCUGGAAACCUAUUUAGUUUCUGGCAGAGAUGUUGCCAGUUACUUUUUAUCAGUGAGGUAAUCACAAAGCUAUGAAAAACAACUUCUCAGUGAAUGGAGCCAUGACAUGAUCAACAACUGCAAUUGCCUUAAAUACGAAAUAUCAGGAAUACCAGGAGUUCCCUGGAAAAAUCUGGAAGUAUUGACUCGAGGUCCGAUUGCAUUCGCAAAUCAUCCAGAGAAGCGAGAAUGAUAACAGUUGCCUUUGCAUCUGUGUGUGUGUGUAGAAACACCGAGUUUGCAUAAUGUCGGCAUCACUAUCAAAAUAGUGUAGAUGCGUCAUCCUGACAGGUAUGGCAAGAAUGUAACUCAUAGGCCUAACAUCCACUUGGUAUACAUGCACGAGUUUUUUUUUAUCAAUGAACACCCUUUCCCCACAUGCAUGUAUCACAUUCAUACCUUACAAAUCCAGAGAUGUCACAAUCUGUCUCUUGGGUUUUUGUAGCUUGAUUAACAUCUCUCUCUUCCUGUACAACAACCUUCUUAGUAACCCUUUUAGUAACACUAUCCACUAAGAAGCAAAAAAAGGCAUUAGUCCUUCAGAGUCUGAACGAUUAUCGACAGCCAAGCAUUUCGCAACAGGCCUCACAAAAGCACAAGCAUCCAGGAAGUGCAGAUCGUCAUCUCAGAAAGGACCUGAAGGAAAUUGUCUUUUUUUCUUUUUAAUGUCCUAAACUGUGUACAUUUGGCUGCAACUGCAAUCAGUCCACCUUGUCACUUGAACUGCAAGCUGUUUGUUCGAGGUGUUCCUUUGGGGGAAAUAAAGGUGUAGAAUUGGUAUUACCCAUAUUUGGGACCGAGACACUUGCGUGCCCGGUCCUGUUAUUGCCAAAUGUGCCAGUAUCAUUUGCAGAUAAUACUGUCUUUUCUAGUUUUGCCAGUUUUUUUCUAUUUUUUUGUUCUUCUAGGUAUAAUGACUAAACCCAAAGUGAAUCACCAAAGUCUAGUCAGUGGUUAAACCUUUAGACAAUUCUCAAGAUGAAAGGAAAACGGAGUUUGUAGACUGAUGAUUUUGUUAGUGCAAAUAAGUCUCUCUCUCUCUCUCUCUCUCUUCUCUCUCUCUCUCUCUUAAAUACUAUUUAGGCAAUCAACAGAUUUCUACAAAAUACCUUCUUUUUUUUUACCCUUCAUUCUGUAGUUGUAAGCAGUAAGUCGUGUAAUGACGUUCAGUCAAUUUGUAACUUUUGUAUCAAAUAAAAAUAAAUAGCAA